GCACCGGAUUUGACAGUUGUCGAACAUCUGACCAGGAAAAAACUAGAUUGCAUUGGGUCGAUGCCACCAGGUCUUGCGCUUCGUCGCUGCUGACGAGGCAACCUUAUCCACCAGAGAUGAUUGCUUCUCCUGCUAAUGCUGAUGGCUUCCGGCGAUGGCACGAGGCCGGAAACGAUGAUCACAUCCCUCCCGCUGACGUUCGCAUCGUCACGUCCGAUGGGCAAAGCAUCGCCGCGCAUUCGAGCCUUCUGGGUUCGGCUUCGCCGGUGUUGGAGCGGUUGUUAUAUCGUCCGCGUAAAACCUGGAACUCCGACAGGAUCAUCCACAUCCUCGGCGUGCCACAAGAUGCAGUGCUUGCCUUCGUUCGCUUCCUUCACUCUUCUUCGAGAACGGUGCUGACUUCAAGAGAGGCAGAGGAGGCGAUGGGGAGGCACGGCGUGGCUCUGCUGGCGCUGUCGCACGCGUACCGGGUUCCGUGGCUGAAGCGGGGGUGUGAGGCCGCCGCCGCCGCCAGGGUGAGCGCCGAGAACGUGAUGGACGUGUUGAAACUGGCGAGGAUGUGCGAUGCGUUGUGGCUGCGUCAGCGGUGCAUGAGGCAGGUGGCGAAGGACUUUGCGGCGGUGCAGCAGACGGAGGGGUGGCGAUUCGUUCAGAAGCAUGACCCCGCACUCGAGCUCGAGAUCCUCCAGUUCUUGGAGGAAGCCGACCAGAGAAAGAAGCGAUGGAGAAGAGAACGAGCGAACCAGGAGAUGUACCAGAUAUUAGGCGAGGCAAUGGAUUGCCUGCAACACACAUUCGCCGGCGGCUGCGCGGACGAGGCCUCGAGCGGGAAGAAGUCCCCGUGCAAGAGUCCUCUCACGUGCCAGAGACUGCAACACCUCCUCCGCCACUACGCCACCUGCGACAAUAAGUUGGUCCCAAAGUGCUGCCCACAUUGCACGAGAAUGAGGCGGCUCUGCCGCCUCCACUCCUCCCUCUGCGAUCAAACUGCAUCCUGCAAAGUCCCUCUCUGCAAGCAGUUCAAAUUGAAGGCGGAGAGAGAUCAGGGAGAGGAGAAGACAUGGGGACUCCUAGUCAAGAAGGUGGCAACUGCAAGAACCAUGGCAUCUUUGGCCAACAGGGAGAGGUCGGAGCUCGUGCAGAGGUCGCGGACAAGAUACAGAGGCGCAAGAUGACUUGGCCAACUAGUUUAAGCACAAUGCCUUAUUCUUUCUUUCAUAGUUGUACACAACAUUUGCUCCAAUUAUAAUUGUCGUAGACAAUAUCGAGCGCUUGAUUCCGCAGUAAUGCAUCGCUGUAGCCUCUGAA